AUGCCACCCCUCCCCCCAUCCCACCGUCGCCAUGACUCCCAAACCUCAACCUACACCCGCGCCUCAAUCCUCCCCACGUCGGGCUCAGGCACCUUCAACCCGGGCGCAACUUCCACAUCCAGCAUGCCCCAAGGCAGCACCGGCUCCGCCUCUAUGCCCGCCGCCAAAACUCGCCAGUACGCCCACCUCCACAGCCAGCUCGCACAGCUCAAUGCAAACCUCGCGGAUACGGAGAACUUGCUCCGCAUGACGGCUGUCCAGGCGGGCGACAUGCGCUUUUUGGGCGGAUAUGUCGGGGCGUUGUUCAUGGGCUCGGCGAAGAUCCUUGGCGAGGAGGGUGUCAAGGGGAAUGCGGAUCCUGUUGAGAUUAAGGUGAAGAAGGAGGAGAGUGAGGAGGAUUGA